UUAUUAAAAAGUGCUCAAUACUCUGACCAGCCAGUGACAUAAAGUGACACGACCAGCUCAGGUCCGCAAAGUAAAAGGUACAUUUCGGACUCAGUACCCGCGAGAACGGCCGCGUUACUGCACGUGUUUAGACCGGAUUUAAAAAUAUUAGCCCGCCAAAACCAAGUAAACGAACAUUUCGUAAACGGAACGUGGAUAAAAAUAUUUAAAUGUGAUUUUAUUGGAGUUGACGGCCAACGGUGAACUUGGUAGUUCAGUUUAUAAGUAAAUGUAAAUAAAUAAGGUUUUUACAAUUGCGUUAAGGCGUAAACGAGGACAAUACAGAUAACGCACCAAGCUUUUUGUGAUACAUACUGACAUAGUGCGCCGGGGAUUUCAUCAGUCUGUGCUCCGACUAUACGAAGACGGCCGUGCGCCUAGACGGCUCCAAACCUCUCACGGCAUUAUGCAACCGCAGCCGUAAUAGCGCCUCGAACAUACAUUAUAUUGACUUAGCAAGUUGACAUUUCACGCCAAUGCCGCAUUACUGAGAAUGGCAUUGGCGAAUUUUACGCUGGCGUCGGUCGCAACGGCCACACCGGCCCUUGUUGAUACGUCCCCAGUACCUGGCCCCUUAAGGCUCGGUCUAGACGACCUUCUUUACUCUCCAAAGGACCACCAGCCAGACAGUGACCCUCUAGCAGCUGGCAAUGAGCCCUUCGCUCCACCGAUAAACCAACAGCAACGAAGGUCUAAAAUCCGGAAACGUGCUGGCACCGCCUACCUCCCUCCUCCCAACCAGUUCACACAUUAUCCUCGUCACGAAGAAGUUCCGCAAAACCCCUACGCGGGACAGCUUCAUACCCAAAUAUAUCAGCAAAACAGUAGGUUAGACAUACAAAUAGAAAAUCAACGAGUGCAAGAAGUGAAUCCUCAGUACGAUAACACGGGGCAGUAUGUCCACGAUUCGACAGGGGACUAUGAUUACGAGCAAAGGAGAAUAAAUCAGAAAAGUGGUCAGAGGCCGCUUUAUAAUCCAGGCUACUCGGAUGUGCCUUAUCCACCUGCGACGACACCAAGUCCAACAUCUAGUCGAAGGUUCGAGGGUCCCUCGAACCAGAAUGUGAAUAGUUUCAACUUUGUUAAUGGACCUAUUUCAACUCCAGCACCAUUGCAAUCUCGACAGCACAUAAACCCUGGAACAAAAGGCGGCAGCAGUGGUAGCAGCAGUGGCCAGACUCCCUCCGAUCGUCCUCCCGGUUUCACUAAAGUGGAAACUGGAGGAUCCGGUGGUAAAACACAGCUGCACGCCGUUCUCGACUACGACGAUGAAUACUACGACGACGAUACUGGAUCAGAUUCGGGCCAGCCUGCUGUGACGCCGGUUCAAGGGCCGAUUCUGCUCAGAAACGGAUCAGUUCCUGUGGUGCCUCUCACCUCCUACCAGACUGUUAAUAAUGGAUCAUUCUACCAAAUACCAAUCUUAUGGACGGCUCUCUCCGUGGCUCUGGGCUACGAGCUUCAAGGACAGAUCAUCAGAGGCAUGCCAUGCGUUAAGCGGAACUACCAGCUGUAUUGCCCUACGGCUGGCAACACCUAUCCCUUAGAAAAAAUCGAAGAGUUCAUAGACGAGAACAAAGCGCUGAUAAAACGGAUGUACGGGUCGUUCGCUACCCCUGGCGGGAGCCGCGUGCGCCGAGCGCCAGGGGUGCCGGAUAUGCACGCGGGUGAUUCCUACUUCCGUCAUGUCAGGCAGGCGUCCAACACAAAACUGCCUGAUCCGCAGUCGGUUAAUAGUACUGGCCGAGUGGACUCCUGUCAGAGUAAAACUGAGAUCAUGACGCCUUAUUGGGCGCUCAACUCGGCAAGAAAACUACGAGCUAUCGUUAACACAAUGCACUUCGAGCAAGCUAUACACCAGGAGGUUUGCAGCAAAAAAUCAACAGCGCGAUGUUUGGGCGACUGCGGCUGCGAGCAGAAAUACAAAUGGCACCGACUUCUAGCUUACGACCCUAACGACGACUGUGCCGGCAUCUUUAUGGAUUGGUUUCUCUUCCCUUCCUGUUGUGUGUGCCGGUGUAAACCUUAACUACCCAAAACGGUGUACUUUAGAAGUUAGUGUGACUGCAAUUGCGAGAAGUACUAAUAGCAUCGGCUUCUGGCAUACGACCCUAACGACGACUGUGCCGACAUCUUUAUAAAUUGGUUCCUCUUCCCCUCCUGAUGCGUGUGCCGGUGUAAACCUUAACUACCCAAAACGGUGCUGUUCUUGAUAGACUGCAAUUACGAGUAGAAGUACUAAUAGCACCAGCUUCUGGCAUAGGAUCCUAACGACGGUAUAUUUAUAAAUUGGUUCCUCUUCCCAUCUCGCUGUGGGUGCGUAAUCCUUAACUGCCCGAAAAUGUGUAAGGGAGAGGGGGGCAUGACGGGGUACUUAACGUUUCAAGCCCAACAAAACUGAAAAUGAUAUUAUUUUUGUGGUUUUGUUAUUUUUAUUUUUAUCUUUGGUAAUCAGUCUUUCAUAAUCAACACUUACUAGGAAUUCUAGUUAGAUAAUUAAAUAAAAAUAAAAAAGUGGCACAAGGUGCCUCCUCUCCAUCUUGUCCCCUAGGUAGGGUAAGGUGGGGUGAUAGGAAUAAUUCAUAGAUACAGUAUCUUUAGGGACUAAACCAAACUUCAAUUUUUGGCUAUUGGAACCGUCGUCUAAUAACUUCUCACGAACUGUUUUUACUUUUAUUUCUUAAGUCGUCUGAAGGACAGAAAAUGUUUUUGCAGCUAACAUGUACCCCAUCUUCCCGUCUAUAACAGCAUCCACCGCUUUUUUCAUAGUCUCCUCUGACCACUCUCCCCUAUUUAACUUUCUUUUAUACUUUCUCACCAUUCUACAAGAGAAGAAAUAAAUACAUUAAAAUCCGCAAUUCUUCAUCACUUUAAAACUACGGCGGGAAAGAUGUACCCCAUCUUCUGUGCCUAAUGAAAUUUGUUUUUUUUGUUUGUAAAAAAAACCAUUCCGUAUUUGAAACCAAAAAGUCCUUAGCUGUUGCUUGCUGCUGUCCGUGAUUGCUGGUCCAUAGGAAUAAAUUAACACUAUAAUUGUGCUGGUGAUAUUAAGGCAACAAACACAAACCAAGUAAAAGACAAAAAUAACAAGGAAUAUGGCAAAAACUGUUUUUUUUUGCAAAUAAAUAGUUAACGACACCAUUUGUCUAGCCGGUCACUGUGCGAACUGAUUGCCAUGAUGGCGACGCAUCCUCAUGCAAUAACGGGAUUCUGGAUACCCGCCACCCCGUCUUAGCCGUCAGGCCGCCACGCCGUCUUACCGCCACCCCGUCUUGUCCCGCUCUCCCCUACUUGAUGUCAGUCAGAGCAGUUGGCGAAAAUGGAUUGCAUUGAAAAUGUUUGAUUUUCGCUAAAGAAAAUAAAUAUUGUCGACAUUAACACAAGUAAAAAAAAACUGUGUGCGUUAAAUUCUUUGCCUUAAGAUCUUGAAUUCUUAAGAGAGUUACAUUUACUUUUACAUGCACCGUUUUGGAUGCAAGCUAAUAUAUUUAUAAUUAAUAAGUAAGAAACUACGAGCUAGCCGCUAUAAACCUUUACUACAAGUCAAAGUUUAAUAUUUAUAAAUUGAUUGUAAAUAGAUUAUAAAAUAAUGUAUAUACUUAUUUUAAAUUUAAUCGAAAAUGUUGGCUUCCUUUUUAUAUAAUCUGCCAUGGACAUAGAUAGAAAUUAACAUUAGAUUUAAAGAGAAACACUGCCAUUGUACAGUACAUUUUGUAAUAUUUAUUAAGAUAAUUACAUAAAGUUCAAGCCCGAACAUUACACAAAAUUGUAUAUCAUUUUAAGUAAUUUUUGCAAUAUUUCUAAUGUCUAUUGGGAUGAGUUUCUUACUAUUAACAUGCAACAGGCUGUCUUCACGGAAACGCGCUUGCGAAUAUAAUUAUUCAUAUUAUUGUUUCUACAAGAGCGUACUCCCAUUUUAAAUACCGGCAACGCAUUAACAACCCAUCUGGUGUUGCGGGUGUCCAUGGGCGACGGUAAUCGCUUACCAUCAGGGGAUUCUUCUGCUCGAAUUUAAAAAAAGCAAGAAUCCUCUUAAGCCCGAUUUACAUUGAUUUAAGUAAGUUAUUGGCGGUAGUCUACCGCAAAGUAUGACAUAGUGAAAACGGAUUUCAAUUCACACCUCAGGCUGUUUCUUCAUAAGCCGUUGCGAGCUCUCGACGCUUCUGACUUUAUGUAUAUUCGGUUUUAUAAUGGUGUCUAAGUAUUAUUACUUACCUACGCGAUUUAAGCACAGUUUGAUAAUUUUGUGUUGCUGUUUCUGUUCUGGGUUUAUUUAGCACCCGGACUCUCAUUUAAGUAUAUUUGGCCCAGAAGAAACUUGAUGAUUAUAAUGUAAAUUCCAUAAUUUUAGUGAUUGACAAUCAAGUAGAAUUAAAUAUUAAGUAUUCUAAGAUGUAAUAUUAUAAGCAUAAGUACCUACCAAUGCAACGUCCAUAGGAGAAUACUUAGUUUUUGGUUAAUAAAGUGCAAUGAAUA